CUCACAAGCGCAAGGCAUUACAGGUUGAUCCUUUGAACGAACAGAAGCUAUAUUCAUGUUUUGCGCAGUAUCUAUGUGAAAUAACCCCAAAACUGGUGUGAAAUUACUACACAGCCAAGUAUAUACCACAGAAAAGCAAAAUGUCUCACCGUCGAUCAGUUAUCAUCGAACAAACGGGUUGUAAAAUUCUCCUUGUGGGCGACAGUCGAUGUGGCAAGUCGUCGCUGCUAAAAGUGUUCGUCAAAGAAAGCUUUACUGAGGUGUAUGUUCCAACUAUCUUUGAUAAUUCAACUGCCUCCUUUGAAGUGGAAAAAUAUCGAAUUGAUUUGAGUCUUUGGGAUACUUCAGGGUGUACGGAGUAUGAUAAUGUACGGCCGUUGUCAUAUACCGAAACCGAUUGUGUUGUAGUCUGUUACGAUAUUAGUGUGCCAGAAUCGUUAGAUAAUGUCGUCGAUAAGUGGUUUCCAGAAGUGCGACGAUGUGGUUCUGCCGGAAUUCCCAUCAUCUUAGUCGGUUGCAAAAUGGAUUUACGGAAUGACAUACAUACUAUUACAGAAUUGGCCCAGAAAAGACAGAUAACACUCACACAUGAAAAAGGUAUACAAGUUGCCAAACAGAUUGGUGCUGCUGCGUUUGUGGAAUGUUCUGCCAAAAACUCCAGAAGCAGUGUCAAUGAACUUUUUGAAAUAGCCACUUUAUCGUCGUUGGGAAAACUCAGCCUUCAUAAGUCACUUAAGGGAUUACCCUCACACACCAGAUCACUGUCAUUCAGAAGGAAAAAGAGCACUGGAGACCUGACACACCAUAAGCUGAGAGUGAAAAGCACAGUGUUACAAACAUCAACAGACUCGUCUAAGUUAAACAAAAGCUGCGUUGUUAUGUGAACUUGCAAUUAGAACAGAAAAUGCAAAACUUAAUAUGACGUAAAAUUUUUAUUUUCAUGCCAUGUGUCAGUAUUUACAGUACUUCAUGAUAAAAAGUACAUAGCUUUAUGUUAAUGUAUCUUAACUGAGCCACCCCAGUCAGUCUUUUUUAAAAAAUAUCCCUGUGAGGACACAGCAUGUUUUGACUGAUUCUGAUUCAUACGCAAUUCAUUGUCCCAUUGCUUCCGUUGUGAGAGCAGAGCCUGACCUUCAGUGUGGGACAGUGCCUUUGCAAUUUACCGAACAUUGACGUCAAUCUGUUGACUUAUCAUUAAAUCGCCCCCCCACUUCCAUGAAAUCACAAUGUAGAAGGAAUCGACCCAGACCUUACUCAAAAAUCAGUAUUUUUUUGAUGAACGCCUUGAAAUGACUGGGGGCUCUAUAGAUUUUUUCAACUCCUUGAAGUAAAAAAAAAACUUAAGUGUGUACGUGAAUGGUUGAUACUAAACUUAAUUUAUUGUGAGCAAGUGAAGUAUGUUGUGAAAAAGAAGUGAUCAUUAUACGAGUUGCAAUUUUAAAUCAUUUUACUAAAAAGUACAGAGAUGCAAGUUUAUAUAGUUACUGUUUAUUAUGACUUUGAAUUACAAGUUUUCACAUGUAGUAAAAGCUUCUAGGGACUUCCAUCACUAAUACAGGCUUUGUGAGUGCCUUCUGUGGUAAUGGCUAAAGUUAUUCUGUAUUUUCAGUCAAAGAGAAGUGAAUGUUUGCACCAGUGCAAGAUAAACAGUUAUUUUCCAGCAAUAAUAAAGUGAAGGGAAAAAGGACUAACAAUUAUUUUUUAAGGUGGUGGGAGCAAGAAUCUACAUGGUUUCCUAUGAUAAUCUGUAUUCUUGUAAAGACAUUGUAGACCACAAGUGUAUAAUUGAUAAACAAUGGAGUUUAAUUACGGUACUGUAACCACAAAGAGAUGGAAUUCUCCUGGUACAACACUGAAUUCUAGCCAUAAUUUCCACCAACCAGUAAUAAUAAUGGUUUGAUCCAACACACUGUCAGUAGUUUAGAAAUGAGCAAUGCUCAUUUAAAGCUUGGUUUAACCAUUGUUUUUUAUUCGUACAAGACAACUGUAGAAAUAUUACAGUUGCAGUACGGAAAAGGUGCUUGCUUUAUAAAACUUAUUGAAAACUAAAUUAGAGCACAGUAUAUUGGUACAGAGAGGAAUUUAUGAUGUACUUUGUGAAUGUUUGUAAAUUUUUAAUGUCAAAGAUAUUAAAGAGUAAGAAACUUACUUAA